UGGCAGAGAACUAGAUGUCUGUCGUAGUCGUGGACGUAAAGUAAGGCUGAUGGCAGAGAACUAGAUGUCUGUCGUAGUCGUGGACGUAAAGUAAGGCAGAGAAAAACGUAUGUCGUACAAGGCCAUUGUGACAAUGACCUUGUACGACAUACGUUUUUCUCUGCCUUACUUUACGUCCACGACUACGACAGACAUCUAGUUCUCUGCCAUCAGCCGAACUGUCUGCACUGGACUGCACUAGUUCAGAGUAGUACAGCUGAAAAGAACAGACCCCCUGUCUUCGUGAUUGCAAGAGCGGGAAAUAUUGUUCAUUAUUGAAGAAACGACAAGAGGAAGAACGCACGUAUAUUUGCCGAUUUGCGCGUAGAAAUAGAAUAUUAUAUAUUGCACUGCCAAUUUAUAUCGAACAUAUAUACAAGAUGAGUGCAAAACUUAAUAGUCUGAUUAAUCAAAAAGAUCGAAAGCGACUAUAUGAAUUUAUACACGAAACAUCGACCGAGGAGCUUAUAAAAUUAAUAUCGAGCGAAAUUUGCGACCCAGUCACUUCUAAGGUAUUAGACGAGGUUCUUCAGGCGUGCUUGGAAUCGGAAAAAUUAUAUUCAAAGAGACUUAAAUUGGUAGAGUCUGUAUUGAAAACUUUAGGCAAAGCCAAAGUUUCAAUUAAUUAUGUAAACGAUAUCGUAACUCGAAUAGUAGAAGAUUUUCCAAACUAUCCAAAAUUGCAUUUAAUUAAACUAGUAGAUUUCUGUCUUGCUAGAAUUCGUAAUAAUGAAGAUGAGUUUAGAAGCUGGAAAGAUUUGUUGCCUAUUCUGUUGGAAGUAUUGGAAGAAGAGAAAUGCAUUAAUUACAUGAAUGGCGAAGUUUCUGGUUCUAAAUAUAAAUCUAUUAUCGUUAACAAUAUAUGCAACAGCGAAUGGAAUACAGAGAUAAUGCCUUCGUUGACAAAAAUGUUCAGAGAUAUAAGCUUACAAAAGGAGGAUCAUACUACAGUGAUUACAGUACUCUGUACAAGAAUGCAGAAUAUACCUCUGGAGGAGGUACCUCCUUUUGUGCAUCAAUCAUUAAGAUUAUGUACCAAUCAAGACAGUAAACUUCUCUUGGAAGCUUUACGAAGAUAUUUUGCACAAUGUUUCUCACAGGCUAAUUCUGACAGCGUUGAUACUUUUGAGACUAUAGGUAUGAUAAAUCCUAGGGAAGUCCAAGAUAUUGAAAGUACAGUAUUGUAUCACAUAUAUCAAGCGGCACAAUUAAAUCACCAGCUUAUAAGAGAUUAUAUUAAAUAUUUCAAAAGCGUAACUCAUGUUCCUGAAGCUGUAUUAGAACCUUUUAUGCUUUCUGUAUUACUUACAGUUGCUUCUAUUGAUGAAAAACAGAUUUUUGAAAUGCUACGAACAAUCAUUAAUAAACGAAAGGAGAAUGAUGAUAGACGGAAGAAUAACGCUUGGUUGAGAAAUCUGAUUCCCGAUUCUUGUAGUAUAAUGACUAUAAUAGGAAAUGUCAUCGACACAAGUGAUAGAGAUCGCCAUUUAGUACUGAAAGGGCUUGUGGAUCUCGCAUUUGUUCUUAUGGCUCUGGAGAAUAAGUCAAAAACUGGUGCGCAUCCUUUAUGGCAAGUUGGUAUAAAGAUACUUCAAAAAAUCAUGAGAAAACAUCAUGAAACGGUAGCGACUGUAUUCCAAAUGUUGCUUGAUAAAAUUAUUGCAGGUGGACUGUAUAUUUCUCAAUAUACCGAUUGUUUAGCAUACAUGUGCCAAAAGUUAACAGUUCUUAUGUUGGACCAUCAAGAUUCUCUGAUAACUUUUCUCGAUCAAAUUACAUUUAUACCCGGAGAGAUUGCCAUUUUCAUCAUUUCUGCAAUAUUUUCGUUGAUAAAAGUCUCGGUUACAAUAAGAGAACAUUUGAUCAUAACAUUGAGGAAGACUCUUUAUAGAAAGGGUGCGGUAAAUCGGCAAAUGGCAGUGAGUGGGAUUUUAGAAAUACUGAAGAAUUUGAAGAUGCACUCUUUAAACGGCCUCGCGAUGAACUCGAGUCAAUAUAUUAACAACUCUUCGUCGACUGGCACCAGUUCCGCAUCCGUUCUGACGCAGGUAACAUUAGAAAGAGGCACUCAACAAGUAAUGAAAUCUUCUUACAAUAGAAGUUUAUAUUAUGACAUAUUGGGUAUUUUGGGAAGAUGUUUCACUCAUGAAUGGGAAGUUCGAGUACAUUUAUACAAUGGUUUAUAUGAAGCUGUAUUGACAAAUAGUGAGAUAGCAGAAUAUGUAUUGGAAAUGUUGCUGCCGCAUUUUAAAAUGUUCUUUGAAAUGGAUGAGAAUGUUAGAGCACCAGUUAAAUUGGAACUGUGUACAGUUGCACAAGGGGAGGAAAUUAUAUUACAGGAACCUCUCGCGGAAUUAAUAUUUAUAUUGCAAAAAAUUUAUAUCAAGUCGGCUCUAGUAAAAUCAAGCCUUGUAGAUGAGCUGGCUGUGAUUUUGGAAUCUCUGUGCAGGCGAAUGUCACGACUUGAUGUAGAAGAUUUAAACUUGGAUGAUAAACUUGAUUUAAGCAACUCUGGCAUCAAGAACCAAGAAAAAUUGCAAAAUGUUUUGUUAACGAUCAAAAUUUAUGAAGCUCUCAUAUCAUUUAGGAUCGGCGCAUGGUCCGUAAAUUGUAUAGAUACCGCACAGAGUGUUAAAAGUCUAUUCAAGGGAUACACACGAAUAGUAGAAUGUACCAAGCGCGUAUCAAAGAUUAAUAAAAAAGGAGACGGAAGAAAUAAAAAAUCACAAAAUGAUACGAAUAAUAUAAUCGCAAAAAAAACUGUACGAUCGAGGAACAUAAAACUAUUACCUAGCAUUUUGGAUCUGUCUUCAGUGUACAAAAGUCUAUCGCUCUUCUAUUUAAAAUCUGUUCCUUGGGCAACUGCGGAUCAAGUAGCUAUAUUGGUAGAACAUGAUGAUUUCUACCAUUACAUUUUACAAACACUGCUGCAAAUCUUACAAAAUGUUAAACACUUGACAGAAUAUAAUUUACGAAAACACAAAGAGCAACACAUAAAGAUUUACUUUGACAUUGGAAAAUUAUUGUAUGAUUAUAUUGUAUCGGAUUUAAAGAAAAUGCUUGAUACAAACGAACAAGGCACUAUAUUGGCAUUGGAAUGUUUUAGAGAACUAUGUUGUUUAAUUUGCACGUGCUUCACUUCUGAGUUGCCAAAAUUUCUCAAUAUUAUUAUUCCUGUUAGACUAACUCAGUCCGAAGAUCUUAAUGCGCAAUUAGAGAGCAUGAUUGCUACUUUAAGAGUGAGUUUUCAGACAUUUUUUAGCAAAAAGGAUGAACAUGAAGAGAAUUCCAAAAAGAUAUUUGGUAUAUUGUUGGACAUUAUGUAUCAAUUAACCAAAGAGAUCAAUUUUCACGAGACAAAUGCUGAUAAAGUAUUCGAUUCGAUAAUGAGAUUUACACAAUUUGAAGAAAUGGAUCCUCAAGCUUCUUUAACUAUUUUUCAAAUUCUGUUAUACAUUGAAGAACGUAAUAGAGAAUAUAGCGAAUUAUUAAUUGAUAUUUCUCUUGCAUUGUGCGAGAAAGUGGGUAAAAUCGAUCAGGCUGAACUAUCGGAAAAUAAUAAAUUAAAAAUUAUUCACGAAGAUACAGCAGUACAGCUUUACAAUUUGGUAAACGGUUCAGUAAAAGAGAAAUUGGACAAUGUAUCUUGGUUACUGAUGCGGCUGAAGGCUGAGCAAAAUAUAGUCUGUCCGCCCGGUGAAGAUCUCGAAGCACAUCAAGAAAAGCUGAAAACACAAGAACGUAGUUUAUGUAGACAAUUGUCGCACAUUAUACAAAUACUUUAUACGUUAGCCAAUGUCGCUAUUAAACCAGGACUAUCCACAGACUUUAUGUUCAAAAACUUGCAGGUUUUGUACAACAUACUUAGUAAUCUGACAAAAUAUUUCUAUGGAAAAUCUAAUAAGCAAAACGCAGCAUUUCAAUCGGUCAAAUUUAUUCAAGUAAUUCAAUCGGCCGGGAAACCAUUAAAAUCUGCAUUUUAUAAUUUAAUAACACAUACCGAGGAAACUCAAAAUGCAUCAAAGUCGAAAGCUGAUUCACAUGUGCAAAGAAACAAGAUUUUGAAAGAGACCAAGAUUAUACCCUGUGUGAUAUACGAAAUUGAACAAUUUCAUAAAGAAAUUUUAUCACUUGACAAAAAGACUGGCGUGCCACUUGAGACUUACGUAAAGCAUAGCGUAACUCGAGAUUUUCGUAUAAGGAAUACGCAGUUGACAGAAGCUUUGGAAAAGAUGAAUAUAAGCAUGCUGGAUACACAAAAUUCUCGUCGUAGUCAAAAUUCAUAUAAUGCCGAUAUAAAUAAUGUGUCUAUGGAAUCAUCCGUAGAAUCACAAUCUUCAAAACAAUCUAGGAUAAAUACUGUAUCUACGGAAGUCUCUACAAAAUCACCGGCUUCAAAACGAUCCAGAAGAUUAUAAAAAUUCUAAAGCAAUAAGUGUUAAGAUUAAGAGUGUGUCUUAUGCAUCAAGUUAUUUUGGAAUUAUAUAAAAUUAGAUUCUCUUGAUAUUAUUACUUUUUCUUUUUUUAAUGUAGAUCUUCACAUCAGCCAUUAAUAUAAACAAA